AUGGCCUCCAAAGAAAAAUCCACCCGAUUUCAUCCCUACGACACAACCAAAAAACCCAAAAUCCACCGCUCAGACAACACCACCCCCAAACGCAGACAUAACAACAACGAUAAAACCACGCAAAAACAACCAACCAACAAAAACUCCACCGGCGACAAAGGCCUCUCCAUCAACGACCUCAAGCGACGGAUCCGCGAUGUAAAGCGGCUGCUCACAAGAUCAGAGCAUUUAUCGCCCGAGGCAAGGAUUGUGCAAGAAAGAGCGCUGAAAGGGUAUGAGCGCGAUCUGGAGCAGGAGCAGGCACGUAGGCAGAGGUCGGAGAUGAUUCGGAAGUAUCACUUUGUUAGGUUUCUAGAUCGCAAAACAGCAACGAAACAACUACGCAGCGCGCAACGACAGUACGAAAAAGCGAAGCAACAACAAGACCAGACGAGCGACAAGCUCGCUGCGCUCCAGGAAAAGAUUGACGCUGCGCAGAUUGAUGUGAAUUAUACAAUCUAUUACCCGCUUACGGAGAAGUAUCUCUCGCUUUAUCCGCAGGAAAAGAAGAGGGAGGUUGUCGAUGGUCAUAAUCAGAAAGUUGCCUCCACGGACGAUGGGGAAGAAGAAAGUGGGGAUGAGGAUACGCAAACAUCGGGAGAUGAUAAGAUCGCCGAGAACGAAGUAGAGAAACCGCCAAUGUGGGAUGUAAUCAAGAAAUGUAUGGCGAACAAGACGCUGGAUAAGCUGAGAGAUGGAAAGUUGAAUAUUGGGUUUGAUGGAAAGCCGAUACAAAACUUGGAGGGUACGGCAUUGAGCAACGUUGGCAAGGAUACUGGCAAGGAGAAGGCGGAGACGACGACGGCAAACAAGGAGAAGAAGAGGAAGAGGAAAGAAAUUGAGGUUGAGCAACCCAAGGAGGAGGAAGGGGAUAGUGAUGGUGGAUUCUUCGAGGAGUGA